AUGUUACCAGCCCCAACAACGCCUAAUCUGAGGAAUGACACCGAUGACUGCCCCGAGCAUAAGACAGGGCCGCAGUCAUUGGACCGCUUUCAUCUCUUCCCACAGCUGCCCACAGAGCUGAGACUAAAAAUAUGGAACUUCAACCUCCCAUCACCACGGAUUGUGCCUAUCAGAUACGGUGCGGGAUCUCUCUGUUUCGCCUCCAACACUCAGUCUCCGCGCCCUUCGACGAGUGGCUGCACAUCCUACGCCGACAUUCCCAUCAAUCUCCACAUCUGCCACGAAUCCCGUGCCGAGGCAUUAAAGUCGUACGCACUCAGCUUCGGCAUGACCCGCAAUCCGGGCCAGAUCUUUUUCGAUAAGAAACGCGACGUCCUCUACUUCGGCGCCCGUGAUGGCUACAUGGCGUCCGAGGCCCAGUUCCUCACGGUGAUGGCCCUCUGCGACCCCAAGGACCUCUCCGAGGUACGAUACCUCGCCAUCAACGACUCCCUUUUCUGGGUUGAUUCCACAUAUCAGAGUAUGUCGGCGGCCAACUUGACGGUCGAAGUCCUUAAGCAGGUGCGCGUACGCAUGCCGCAACUAGAGCACCUAAUCUUUGUCCCCCGAGACGAGAAUCCGGUGUACGAUGACCAGGUCGAGCUUGUCGAGGCGAAUCACCAUGGGGCACUCGAGCAGCGCAUGGCAAGACAGAUGGAGACUGGCAUGAGGGCUGUCUGUGAUCUUUACCCCGACUGGCGGCCGCCACAGUGGUCCAUCAUGGCUCUAGGCUCGAAACAGCCUGCGGCCAGUUUGGCUGGGACAAAAGAGAAUGAUACACGGCCGUGCGCCUGGGAGGGCUUUUGCCACGGAGAUCGAAGACGCGGGGUCGAAGAGCUGCCUCUUGAGAUUCUGAUUAAAUCAAGAGGCUGA